AUGGCAGAAUACUACCGGGACAAGCUUGAAAAGCUAGCUCAAGAUGGAAUUGAUGACAGAACUAGGACGGAAUUCCUCCCGUUUUUAUAUCCAUUUUUGGGUUUACUUGGUAGUAAAAAAAGACAACAUGUUUUAACGAGAGAAGUUAAAGAAUACGUUCCUGAUGAACAAAUAACCAAGAAGCAAUCGACUCCAGUGAGUAUCGAGUCCUUUAAAGAAUUAAACUUGAUAUUUGAUGCUGUUAUUGCUGAAUUUAAAAAGGAAAAGGAAGCACUCAUUGAUAUUAACUCCAAACUUCAUACUAGGAUUGAAGAAAUUUGGGACCUAGUGACGGAAGUUAUUGAGCUAGAUAUUACCACUAGGGCUUUAGAUGAUCAAUAUGAAGAGAACAAUGCUAGAAUUGUGAAAUUAGGACAGACUCAAAAUCGUACAAUUAAUUUCUUUAACGAAAAUGCUGAGUUUACUAAGAUUAAGGACGAAAACAAUGAGCUUAAAAAAGUUAUUACUGAGCUUGAGAUUAAAAAAACAAGCUAA